AUGUACGACAACGAAACCAACAAGAUAUACUACAGCCUCUGUAACAGCGUCGGCACCCCAAUAUUUCCUUUUGAUGACUCGGCCGCCCUGUCUUUACCGUUUCCACCUUUGAAAGGCACUAAGAUCACGGGCACGGGUUACAAGAAUGAUAAUGGGGUUCAAGCAGCGGUGUUCUAUCAGGAGGAAGGGGGACAGAUCGUGGAAGCCCUGUACGAUUGCGACUCUACUGGCCAUUUCGUCCCCACUCCCGACAAUGCUUGGAAGAUCUCCUUGGAUAUCGCUCCAUCAAUCCUCAAUGGGACCGGUUUGAAAGUCUUCCUAAUGGGGUCGACCGAUGGUUACAGGCUAUUCUACAAGGACGAAGACAGCUAUACCGCGGAGCUAAGCUUUCGGCCUGGAGACCGAGGAUGGUCAUUCACUGGCCAAGUAUCGCAAACGCCGUACUUGGGCUGGGCUGUCACGGGAGGUUUCAUCGACCCUAAUAAACCAAUAGUGAUCAGCGCUGCUUUCCUUCGAGACGACAAUAUAGAACUAUGUACGCAGACACCCGGUACGCGGUGGAGACUUGAAACAGUCCCUGACACAUUGAUGGCACAAUCAAUCGACGCCGAUGAGGGAGCCUCAUGGUUCAAACCUAGUAAUGACACGAACCUCCGCGAAGAUCGGUACGGCGUGACUCCCUCAAAAACGAAUGCUACGAUAGAAGGACUUGAAGCGAAGCGUGCUGAUAUAGCCAUGUCCCUGGACUCCGCAACCAAUCCACAUGUCUUUUACAUCGGCUCUGAUGGAUUUUUGCACCAUUAUCAAAAGACUUGGAACGGUACAUGGACCCAGGGCUCGACACAGGACAUAUCGACAUGGCCAAAGCCUGAUGAUCGUAAUGGCGAUAUCGGACUCGAUUUUGAUGCUGGACGUGAUAGAGUCUGGUUGUACAUGAAGGUUAAUGGGAGCUUGACACAGCUGUAUCAGUCCGGCAACAACACUUGGGAGCCGAGCUUCACUCUCCUCAAACAGAACACUACAGACACAGCCAACUCCACCUCGCCGACAACUGAGGCUGAGCCUUCGAACAGUGGUGGUUUAUCCCAAGGGGGAAAGAUUGGGGUCGGGGUGGGGGUUGGACUUGGACUUCCUCUUGUCGUAGCGGCGAUAGCCGUUUAUAUGUUCUUCCACAUCCGUAAUUCUCGAAAGAACAGGGAUGCCGAAACAGCUGCCGUCCAGGCUGCGCACUACGAUGCCACAAGUCCCGCGCAUGGAAUGAGUCCAAAUCCACAUCUGUCGAUCAACAGUUCUCCUGCGCCGCAGUAUACAUCUGGAUACUGGGAGGGAGGCUACUGGGCCGAUGGGCAGUGGGUACCGGCGGUCGCCCAACCAUACGGCAAGCCCGAGGGUGACUGGCGUCAGAGCCAGGGCUACUAUGGAAACAACCAAAUUGCUCCCGAAAACGCUAUCCAACCUAUGCAUGAACUUCCCCACCAGGAGCGACCCCAGGAGAUAUCUAUCGAUGGUCAGCUGAAUGAGAUGUCCGCCGAGACUAGGGAACCAGGGGGAGUUACGAAGUAG